AUGGCUCGUGGAGAAGGAACCAGGUCAACAAAGACCGAAAAGGGGAGCAUCGCGCCCGAGGCUCAAUCCUUGGAAAAGGAGGAAGCGCCUAAGGAAUCUGCCGAAAUCAAGGUUCCAGAAGCACCCAAGCACACCAGGGUGCCAGAUGCCGUCCAGAGGAAAUUGGCAGCCAAGAAACAGAAGGGCCCUCAACCCAGCAGGUUGGCGCAGGAAUUAUGCACUUACCAGGCCGAAAGAAAGAGGCAUUCGAUGGACGUAUAUGUCCAGAUCACGGGUCUGGACUCAGGAAAAACACGCGGAGUCAAGGCGCUGCUUGAUAGUGGCUGCAGUACCUGCUGCAUCGAUACCGACUAUGCACGAUCAGAGAAACUGGAUAUCCAAGAACUCCCGCAACCCAUUGUAGCCCGUAAUGCUGACAACACCAAAAACAUCAGUGGUCAGAUCACGCAUUACGUUGACUUAAGGAUGAGAAUCGGCCCUCAUGUGGAGACAUGCAUGUUCCUUCUGAUGUGUCUAGGGAAAGCUUGGAUCUUCAUUGGUCUUGACUGGCUGACGGAAGAUAACCCCGAGGUGGAUUGGCAGGAGCAGACCAUGAGAUUCAGUCGAUGCCCAGAGCGCUGUCACAUGAGGGGUCACGAGGAGCACCAAGCAAUGAUCGACAUGGACGCAAUUAACCUGGACGCGGACGUGUCAGGGGACGCCCCGCUCCUUGGGCACGUGACCAUGCACCCUCCUCCUCCUCCUCCGAUCCUCAUCUCCAUCCAUGCCGACAUCCGCCCUCUCCCUUCUUCCCCCGGCCAUCUCCCUCGAAUCCCCGCAAGCGGUCUAGCCAAGCCCGAUUCCUUGCACCAGGGAGUGCUACUGCCGCUCGUACCAGAUGCCCUUGCGCUCAUCCGCACCACCCCUCUUCCCAGUUGGGCAUUGGUCCUCGCCUCCAAUGUCUCCACUGGCCGGCCCGGCACUGGCCUGGCCGCUGGGCUCCUCCAGUGUGGCCUUCCACUGUUGGUGUCUCAGGAGCUGGCCAUCACUGGCCCCUCUGAGCCACUCACUAUCUUAUCUGGGUUUGUCAUUAUCUACUUGUCAUCUGCCAUUGUUCCAUGGCAGUGA